UGGACCGUUCCAAAGUUUGUCGAGGACCCUAUGCUCUCGGUACACGGCCUAGCACCCGGCCUACACUAUGGUGCGCAGGGAUAUCUCGGUCGCUUGGAAUUCAAUACUGUCAAAACUAACAUUCACAACUGGAAUGAAGCCCGCAGAGACCCGAACGGCGAAAUCCUCAUUUUUCGACCCGACGCAAACGCGGCCAGAAUGAGAAGGUCUGCAGCCUUUGUUUCUAUGCCCGAGGUUCCGGAAGAGAUAUUUCUCGAAAGCGUUCAUUUGGCCGUCAGGAGGAACGCCGAGUAUGUCUGCCCCCACGAGGUCGAAGGAUCUCUCUAUAUUCGGCCGUUCCAGUUCGGUUCAAGCGCUCAGAUCGGUCUGGAACCCCCGGACGAAUUUCUUUUCUGUGUCUUCGUACAGCCUCAUAUAGGUUUUCAUGGCAGAGGUUCCAUCAAGGCUUUGGUGCUUGAUGACUUUGACCGCGCUGCUACUAGAGGAUCCGGUGCGGUGAAAGUAGGUGGAAACUACGCUCCAGUCAUACGAUGGACCGCUGAAGCAAGGAAAAAAGGCUACAAUGUGCUUCUACACGUAGAUAGUCAGACUCAGACCGAGAUUGAUGAGUUUUCGACUUCGGGUUUCAUCGGCAUCCAGGAGGGGGACAGAGAAACCGUAGUCGUGAUCGCAAAUAGCAAAGCGGCCAUUGAGAGUAUAACAGCGGAUUCGGCUGCGAAGAUUGCUGUCGAGCUUGGAUGGAGAGUGGAAAAGAGGACUGUGAAACUCGCCGAGUUGCCGACCUUCACAGAGGUUCUUGCCGCAGGAACUGCGUCUGGUUUGGCGCCAGUAUCAUGCAUUCACCGAAAGUCAACUAAUGAAACCUUCCACUUUCUUCCGGGCGGGCCAGCUUAUGAGAAACUUUGGGGCAGGCUGAAGAGCAUUCAAAACGGCAUGGCAGUUGAUAACUUUGGUUGGUGCCAUAAGCUUCUAGAGUAG